AUGACGUUGCGGCUAAAUAUUUGGCUUCGGAGACGAAGGUUCGAAAAAGGUUCUGCCAACCCGACAAGGAAGAGCCAUUCGAAAGAAAAGUCAGUAAGGACUCCAGCAAUUAUCGAAAGAGCUCAAGAGCUCAUCUCAGAGGACCCAGGGCUGUCUCUAACGAAAUUGGCCAAAACAUUGGGUGUGAGUGACACUACAAUGCGUCGAAUUGCUGAAGAGGACCUACGCUUCAAGUCCUAUGUAAUAAAAGUUCGACAAAUGCUCUCUGAGGCUGCCAAGAUGAACAGAGUUGCUCGCUGUUGGCCUCCGAACAGUCCAGAUUUGAAUCCGUUGGACUAUUACGUGUGGAGCGUCAUUGAACGAGUGACCAACAAGUCGAGACAUCCCAAUGUGACAUCUCUCCAAACCGCUAUCGAAGCAGCAUUCGCCAAUAUAGACAAGGACGCGUUGCAGAGAGCGUGCCAGCGCUUCAGGAUGAGGAUCGAAGCAGUCAUCGAAGCAAAAGGGGGUUAUAUAGAGUAAUUUUACUCUAAAAGGAUACCACUAGUGAUACACAAAAAGUUCUUUUGUAAGUUUUACAUUUUGAUGAGUAGAAUUUUAUUUAAACAAAUUGUUCAUUUUGUCCGGAUUUUGGUGGCGGACCCUGU